AUGGAACUGGAGAAGAGCUGUGCAUCCUACACUGGGGUGGUGAUUGGGAUGCUCAGUGUCAUCAUGCUGGUCCUGACAUUUGCCGUGACAAGCAUCGUGUACAGAUACAGGUGGAAACUGAGGGACCUCUACUACGUUGCCCGAAACCGACACAGAGGCUACCUGCUUGUAAAAGAGGAGGAAGAGGAGUUCGAGUUUGAUGCCUUCAUAUCCUACGCUGAUGAGGACCGUGGACUUGUAGUUAGGAACAUGAGGCAGAGGCUUGAAGAGAUGCAAGGUCUAAAGCUCUGUAUUCAUCACCGAGACUUUCUCGUUGGGGAAGCUAUCGCUGCCAACAUCCUGAACGCCGUGAAAUCCAGCAGGAAGACGGUGAUUGUCCUGUCAAGACACUUCUUGAAGAGCUACUGGUGUGAAGUACGAAGUGGAGAUGGCUAA